AUGGCGUCGACGUCUGCAGUCUCGCUGCCAGCCCAGAGGCUCAAGAAAGACUCGCAGCCCAAGCAACGCGCCUGGUGGUGGACCGACUCGACCGUGGGCAGCGACCAGGAGCGAGCGGUGGCGUCCAGCGAGACGGAGCUGCUGAAUGCCGCCGUGCUGUGUGCGGCGCUGUCUGCAACGCAGUCGGAGCCUUCAGCGACCGACAAACAGGCAAACGACCACGCGACCCGCGAGCUGGAGAUGCACGUGCGCAAGUCUCCGCUGCCGCACAGUCUGCAGCUGCCGGUGCUGGCGUUCACGCCCGACUACGUGCUCAUGCAGUCCGAGCUGGCUGUGAUCUGCGCAGUGCGGGCCACCAAGCCUGCGGAUGUAUUGCAGACAGUGGUGGGCUCGGCGGUGCCCCUCUCGCAGCCCUACGUGCACAGAUUCGGUGGCGCGAGGAUCCACGCACCGUUCUGGACGCGGACUCAGCGACUGGACUUGCAGGAUAUCAACCACCAAGCACGACAGCUCAAGAAGAUGUUAAUACUGUGCGGCCAUUCUAUUGGAGGCAGCAUCGCGCAGCUGGCUUUCUGCGAACUGGUGUACCAGCACUUGCCAACGAAGACGCGGUUGUUCCUUGAAAAGCGAGACAACGAUCAGCAAAAGCGGGAGGAAGCAGAAGAUACUAGCGCAACGACGACUGAUGGAUUGGACUUUCGAUUGAUGCUUCAGAGCUUGCCGGAAGAAGAGCGCAAUGUGAUAACUCGUACUCCGCGCUUGCUGGCCAUUGGGUUUGGAGCUCCUUACGUUGGCUCGGCAGAUUUGGCGUCGUUUCUGGGUCCUCUGGGGCUUAACAAGCGUGUGAUAACAUUCGUCAACGAGUUCGACUGCAUCCCAAGUAUUCUGAAUGUAGCGCAGUCAGCGGCUAUGGUAGCGAAGACGACCGAGCGGUUUCUAACGAUCACGAAAGCAACGAAGACGCUGGUGAACUUGCUACCCAUUCAGAUGCAACAACGUUUCGUGGAUUUAGGUGCUACUGCGAACACCGGAACCGUCCCAAGUGCCAGCUCGGCCUACUUGUCCAUGAGUCUGAGCAUACUGCAGAACACGUUCCAGAAGUUCCGCGAUUUCAACCUCGUGAAGGAUAUCGACUAUCAGUAUUCUCCGUGCGGGACGUUCAUUUUCCUCUCGAAGAGUGGGUGCGACUACAAAUGCUACUCUGACCCGGAUGCUAUCAGCAAGGCACUGCACAAGGAAGAUGAUUCGACUGCUACUUUGACUGGCAACGCGAUCCUGCAGCACUUGAUGAGUGCAUACGUGGACGCUGUGGCGCGCCGCUCCAACUCGAUCCAAAUCAACGCCUCAAUGGACUUUUACGAACGUCUUGGUGUUCCUCGAGACGCGACGGAGCGACAGAUUCGAAGCGCCUACAAGCGACUGGCGCUGAAGUGGCAUCCAGAUCGGUGGGCGAACAACUCGACCAAUCCUCAGGAACAAGCCUCCGCAGAGGAGAUCUUUAAACUGUUAGCUGAGUCGUAUGAAGUGCUAUCAGACGCUGAAGCACGGAAGACAUAUGAUACGCAUUUGAACGACUCCCCUAGUUUGAAGGACGAGUUUCACACCAAUACAACGCAACUACUUCUCCAACAAGCGGAUGAGCGGAAGAAGAGGAAAGAUGCAUCUACCCUCGCCAUUGCUGAAUCGGGCAGUGACACAGGGGAUGGCACUGCUAAGCAGCUAUGCAUCAGAGGAGCUCAACAAGCCUUGAUCACUCUGAAGCAACAAGAAGACGCAGCAGAGGAUGAGCUGAUUGAGGAGUUCUUCGACUGUGCCACUGAGUAUGACAACGCCGCUAUGGAGGCGAUGGCCGAAGAGGAGUUUUUCGAUUGCAUUGACCUCAUGGACGAAGUGGCAGUUCAUUUCAGUGACGGCGCACUGGAUUACGAGAAACGAUCGAAAAGAACAAAGCUGGCUGAUCGUGUGGUGGCUCGCUACCGCUUGGAUAACGGUGAAGCUGGUAGCACCUUCAAGACUUUAGUGGCUGCAAGCGGCGAUGGUGCUCUUGAUAGCGGAAUCCGUGCAGCUGGAGGUGUUGCUCUGGCGAAUGGAAUGGCGAGAACAUUUUCAGCACUGGGUGGUGCUGUAGCUGCACCACUCACGAUUGCAUCGAUUCUCGUGGAUAUCGGUAAGGAGUACUAUGACUAUCGCAAGCGGUAUACCGACCGCAAGUCGCUUGGCGUUCUCUCGACAACCUCGGAACAACUAAUGAUGCAGGACUUCCGACUGAAGACGGGUGAGGUCAUCGCAAGUCGUACAGCCGCAGCGGCAGGUGCAGGCAUUGGCGCAUACAGCGUAGCGUCGGCGCUGGGGCUGUGGAGUACAGCAGGACUUGCUGCUGGCCCUGUAGGUAUUGUAGCGGCGACGAGUGCAGCGGUUGUUGGUGGCAUGCUGGGCUUCUUUGCAGGAUCUAAGGCAUACUCAGCGUCAACAGCAGGCUAUUUCACAAGUCAACAGAACGCAAAGGAGCACAUUGAUCGGCUAGAGCUCGGAGCCAGGAUAUUGUUUGACGAGUUCGACCCCGAAGCCACGGGCACAAUCUCGAAAGAAGACUGUAUCAAGCUCAUGAAGAAGCUCUACGAUGCAAUGGGCUCCAUCUCCGAGAGUGGUUACGAGAGAACUAUGGCAGUGAUUCAAGACGAUGCCUUUGAAGGGCCUGUGACUUGGGGUAUGUUCUGGGAGUGGGUGAGCACAGAAGCUGCUCGGGCGCUACGUGAGCUGGAGCAUGAAGAGUCGAAGAAACUAUCCGAGCCUGUGGCGGGGGAAACCUGGUGGAAUAGCUACAUGAAGUACUUCUCGUACCCGAACUCGAAGGAGGCCACACUGUUGAUCGCACUGCCUAAUGCUGCCAUGUAUCCGUCUGUUGUCGCGACUUUGGGGCUUGCUGUGGAGGACCCAACCUCGUCGUCUAACGGCACCGAAGAGCAAGCUGAUGCAGAAGAAGAGAGCUUGGUGCUGAAGGCGCAGAUUGAGUUCUUGGUGAAUAAUGGCCAUCUCACCGUUGGUGACGCUUUCCAGCUCCGAGAACAGUUAGCGUCCGAUGACCCUGUGCUGAAGGAGUCUGCGCGUAAGACCAUUGCUGCGAUGCACGAAGGCCUUUCGGAUGCAGCACCUGACCAGAAUCUAGUGUGCGAAGGAUUCGGGUUCACUGGUGGCGACGCUAUGGAGCUCCCAGCUGAUGAAGUCGAAAAGGAAAAGAAUGUCUCUGGUGCGGAGGACACGAAGGGUGCUAACACAGGAGCAACCGCCACGGAUGACAAGAAGAAAAGCUCUGAGCCGGAUGUGCGACUUGAUGUCAUGUGCUCGCUGAUGUCGACGCAGGGUCUGCAACGUUUCUUGCAGCGACAGAACAUCCUGGUUACCAGUGGAGAUGAAGCGCCUGUGCGGCACGAAGAUCUGCACUGUUUAGCACUUAUGGUAGCGCCGAGCUCGACGAGCUAA